AUUCAUCACCAAAUCCUCAAGCAUUUGUGAGCGUGUACGCUCUUGCAUGCGUGCAAAUUUCGGUGCCGAAUAUGAGGCACGUUCACCAUUGACGAUUUUCGUGAGUAGCCAUUCGCUGUAAAGAGAAAAACGCGCGCGAGUGAAUGAAAAAAGUGUGGCAAAUAAAUGUAAAAUGUGUUUAAAAGUGCUAGUGUAAAUUCAGUGUUCAGUGAAAAUGUGAAAUUGUGAAAAUUCGUAAGUGUUAGGCUACUCACCGAAACAUUGUACCCUUUUCGAACACUGACUGCUCCCAGAGGUAUGGCUUGUAGGCGCCGACUUCAUCGCGCGUCACCACCGAAACCUCAUAACGUGUGGGUUUGUGUUUGAUGCGAGCCGAGACGCAAACCUGAUGUGUGAAUUGGAUGAAAUAAGCGCGUGGGAGUUAGAGCGAGAGAGCGUACUCAAGCAGCUGUUUAGUGUGUGAGUGUAUAAGUGAAGAAAAUAUAAGUGGUAUCACUGCGUGUGACAGCGUAGUGUUUGUGUUGCUAAAAAAAAAAGUUGUGUAUGACACUUUUUUAUAUUUGGUGAUAUGUGGCAAUCUGAUACGCUUGUGUGAAGCUGAAAGCAGUCAAAGCACCGGAUAAAAUUUUGAAAUGCAACCCAUGCGCUUUGCAAUAUGGAAUUGUAAGAACCGCUGCAGCAACGUCAGUAUAAUUGAAUUCUUCAAAAAUGCAGUAAAGCGGUUUUGCUCCUGUGAGUUUGUGUGGCGAAAUACCCAUUGUCUGUUGUCAGGGCGUCUACGCCCACACAAUGGCCUUUCUCUUCGAACCAUUUCAGGCCGAUGACCAAUAUUUGCGCGAAUUCCUUUCACAUCUUUAUCUCAAUUGCAUAGUACGCUAUCAAAAUGAGACCGGCUCGGCAGUCAAUGAUACGGACGAUGACGCCAACUACAUUGGCGUGCCGCGUUACCUCGAAGAGGCCGUGCUCAACGAAGGCAGCAUAGACUUGUCGAAUGUGGACGAAGCGCAAGCGGAACAAAAUGAACUCUUCGCCUACAUCUCCAAGCAUAGCUUAAAACCACCGCCAACAACAACAACAGCAGCGUCACGCACUAGCAAGAAUAACAGUACAUUUCAGAGCAACUACAAUGGGAGCAACAUAAACGAGACGUACCCAUAUAUCAGCAACAUUAUUGUCACUUCAACACCUACAACAAAUGCCAACGCUUCUGCAAAUGGCACUUCGUCGAUUUCUUCCGCAACUUCUUCGCCGGUCACAUCACCCACGGCUGCUGGCUCACCGCCGCUGCGCUUUUGCCCUUUGCGCUUCGAUGGCUACCUCUGCUGGCCGCGCACCCCCGCCGGCACUGUGCUCAGUCAAUAUUGUCCGGAUUUUGUGGAGGGCUUCAAUCGCAAAUUUCUGGCGCAUAAAACUUGUCUGGAGAACGGCACCUGGUAUCAUCAUCCUGUAAGCGGACGUGAAUGGUCCAACUACACCAAUUGCAUUGAUUACGAUGACUUGCAGUUCCGCAGUUUUGUCAACGAGCUGUACGUGAAAGGCUACAUCGUUUCCUUAAUCGCAUUACUACUCUCACUCGUCAUAUUCCUCGGCUUCAAAUCCUUGCGCUGCACACGCAUACGCAUACACGUGCACCUGUUCGCCUCGCUGGCAUUCACUUGCAUCGCCUGGAUACUCUGGUAUAAAUUUGUGGUCGAACAACCGGAUCUAAUAGGCAAUAAUCCGCCCUGGUGCAUAAUUCUACACCUGGUCGUGCACUAUUUUAUGCUGGUCAAUUACUUUUGGAUGUUUUGUGAAGGGCUGCAUUUGCAUUUGGUGUUAGUGGUGGUCUUUGUUAAGGACACCAUUGUGAUGCGUUGGUUCAAGCUCUUCGCCUGGAUGUUACCCAUACUUGUGCUGAUGGCUUAUGGCGCGGCAAGGUUUUUACACACCGACGAUAAUACACACUGCUGGAUGGACGACAGUCUGCUGCUUUGGAUCCUGUCUGUGCCCAUUUGUGCAUCGCUCUUGGCUAGUUUCGUUUUUCUCAUCAAUGUUUUGCGCGUCAUUGUGCGCAAGUUGCAUCCGCAGUCGGCGCAGCCGGCACCGCUGGCCAUAAGGAAAGCAGUGCGCGCUACAAUAAUAUUGAUACCGCUAUUUGGCUUGCAACACUCACUGCUCCCGUACCGCCCCGACACUGGCACACCACUGGAACGCUUCUACCAAAUACUCUCCGUGAUAUUGGUGAGCCUGCAGGGCUUUGUCGUCUCCUUUCUCUUUUGCUUUGCCAAUCACGAUGUCACGUUCGCCAUACGCACGCUCUUGAAUCGGCUGAUGCCCGCUUUGGUCUCACCACCACCACCAGGCACACAUACCGGACAAAUGGCAACAACAACACCAAGUCGCGAGCUGGGCGUGUAAGUGCAGGGAGCUGCGGAAGGAACGAGCCCGGAGAAUGACGAGUAGCGGAUAAAAAGCAAAGAAGCUUAGCUUUAGCUAGUGGAGGUGAAUCAGAGCGCAGCCACAAAGGCGUUAGAACCACCAAACUAUCGAUUUCUAUGGAGGACCGCAAAUCAUUGAUUUUAAAAUGCUUCAAAUUUAUAAAAUUUAUAAAAUUUAAUCUCCUGGAGAACCAAAUUGUGCAGGAAGAAGUCAUGUACAACUCACAACAACAAAAGUACACACUAGAAACAUUUAAAAACCGAAAAUUAAUGCUAAAGUGAACGUAAAGAAGUAUUUAGCGGCCAAUGUAGCCGAGCAAAUGUACUACAACAAAAUACCAAAUGAGAUUGCAUAUAUGUACUAUAUAAGCAUGUAAUAUAUAUAUUUA